CCACGACAUUUUGGAUAAAAAAGUUCUUUUGAUAGUUUCAGUCCAUUUUAAUUCACAGUAUAAAUCUGUGGCCACUGAGCCUGAAGCACAGAAGAAGCUGUGGCAUGACUAAAUUCAACCCCCACAAAAGCACUUUGGCCGUCACCAAGAUUACAAUCUUGGUUGUGGAUGAUGAUGCCACAUCCUUAACGGUCGUUGCUGCGAUGCUAAGGGAGCGUUAUGAAGUGACAACCGUGAAAAGCCCGCAUGAUGCUCUCUCGACUCUUCGGACACGUCCAGGCAUUGACCUCGUGGUCACUGACCUCCAUAUGCCUGGCAUGGAUGGCCUUCAACUCAAAAAACAAAUAGAUGAUGAAUUCAAAUUACCAGUCAUUAUAAUGUCUUCUGAUGACGAAGAAAGUGUGAUUCUACAAAGCUUAGCCUGUGGAGCUGUGUUAUACAUUGUAAAGCCAGUUAACCCAGAUGACCUCAAGAAUGUAUGGCAGUACGCAGUCCAAGCUAAAAAGGGAAAAUCUCCCAUCAUCAAAGAGAUUGGAAGCUUGCAGGAGGAAUUGGAACCAGAACAGGAUUAUAAUGACAUGUCUAUAACAGAUGAUCAUUUUUGGGACACAAAUUCUGGGGCAUCCUCGGUGAGUGAUGAUGAUAACAAGCGAGCCAAAAAACAUGGCAAAAGGAAAAGGAUGGGGAGGAAUGGAAAUGACAGUGAAAAAAAGUCAGCUGUGCCCAAAAAGGCCAAGGUGGUGUGGACUAAUUCACUGCACAACCGGUUUUUACAAGCCAUCAGACACAUUGGUCUAGAAAAAGCUGUCCCCAAGAAGAUUCUCGAUUGCAUGAAUGUCUCGGGGUUAACCAGAGAGAAUGUUGCUAGUCAUCUACAGAAGUAUCGGCUCUUCUUGAAACGUGUUGCAGAAAAAGGAUUAUGCCCAUCAAAGGUCCUAACGGAGAGGGCGCUCCGGUCAAACUUUGCCACUGGCCAUGUAAUGAUGCUCCAACAGCAACAGAUGAAAGGACUAAAUAAUUCCCAUCCUGGAUAUGGGGGAAGCAACAUGCUUACAACAACUCUAAAUCCUAAUCCAAACCUUCUAACCCUCCGAUUUCCUGGUCAAGGUGCCUUUAGUUCCAUCAACAACACCUCUCCUCCUGGACCUGGUCUCCCCAAUCAUCAAUUUAGGUAUGGACAAUCCAAUUUACAGCACAAUCAAGCUAACAGGCAGCAACCCCUACUUGGAAAUGCAAGUUCUUGUAAUUAUCAGGCUAAUCAAACCGAUUUCGGGGUUGGAUUGAGUAACUUUGAGAAUAAUUUCUCAACAAAUGGAGGGUUUUCUUCUGGGAUGAAUAAUCCCAGUUUCAAUGGCCUGAUCAAUGGUACAAAUUUAAGUCCAAGGCCCACGCACCCCCAACAGGGUACUCAAGCAAGACUUAACCUUCAUAAUGUUGGUAAUGGUUUUACCUCCACUGCUCAGUUCCAGUUUGGGGCAUCGACCUUACAUAAUUCUACCAGUGCUUCGAACCCCAACAGCCACAAUGGUAGCUAUACGGGAACUAGGAUGACUGCUAAUGGAGAGUUUGCAAUAGGUCAUCAGAUCCAAUUCAAUAAUAGCAUAGCCCCAAACCCCAACAGCCUUGGUGGCAGCUACUCGGGAACCAGGAUGGCCUCCAAUGGAGAGUUUGGAGUAGGUCAGAUGCAAUUCAACAAUAAUAUAGCGUCAAAUUCCAACAGCCUUAGUGGCAGCUACUUAGGAACCAUGAUGACCGGUGUCCAUGGUAGCGGAAACAUGAAUAAUGGUACUUGUAAUGGUAGUGCUGGUUCUAGUGCCUAUGGUAAUGGAAACAUGAAUAAUGUUGCACCAAUGUUGAGGAAUUUAAAUUCUGGUAAUUUGGGCCAAGGAAGCUUCCUUUCUGCUGGGUUUGGUCAGGUUCCAAACCAAGUAUCACCAACAAUACCCCUAUUAGCAACAACAAACAACCAGCAAGCACCAAUGCCUGAGGGACUCUCUACUCUUGGAACUGGAGGCGAAAAGGAUUCCAAUUUCAACUUCCAAAACAAUGCUUCAAUCUUUGAUGAAAACGUUGACAAUCUCUUUGAUUCAACCAACUUCGAGUUCCCUCUUCAGCAUCAGGGUGAGGAAAAUGUCCUGAAUCCAAAUAUUGUUAAUAGCUCGAAUCCUGAUGGUCUGAACCAGAUUGCCAACCAAAUUCUGAAUCCUAACUUGACUGGCACUAGAUCGUUUUCUAUCAAUGGAGGAGAUCAGUUGGAGAACAAUAGUACUACUGCUAACAGCAUAUCUCCUUUAGGGGAAUAUUAUCCAUCCAAUGAUCAAAAUGCUAAUCAGCAACAAAGCAGAGGAGAAAACAUCGUUAUAUAUCCCAUGAACAAUGCUUCUCAGAAUUACCAGAGUUGGAGCGAUGAGUUCAUGGAUGACUGCUUCAGUUCUUGCCCGUGAAGUGGUGAUGCAUAGGAUCCUUGCAAGCUUCUGAGUUUUGAAUGCAGAUAUGAUUUAGUUAGGCUUGACAUGUAUUUCAUAUGUUUUAUAUACUAGGAACAUAUAGCUGAUAGGCUUGACUUAAUAAAAGUCGUCUGCAUUU